UCAAAUCGUAAAGGAGAACGAUGGUCAACAUGUCAGCUGUGAUGUAUUUGAGGACACAGUAUCUACUUUACCGGGUGAUCAUCAAAGGCCAAAAAAGAAGAAAACACACACUUAUGUCCUAGAUGCUGUUAAAACUUUAGGGCAGCAUGCAGCUACGAAAUUCACUGCACAAUUCUCUUCACUCUCAGGGAAAACCCCUCAGACUGACACAUCACGGACUCAGGAUUGUGCUGCUUGGAAAAAGUGAGGAUGAACAGACAAAACUUGGUAACUUCAUCAUUGAGGACCAACCGUUUCAUUACCAAAGAACUUCCCCAACCAAACAUUGUGUGUCUGCAUGUGGAGAGUGGAGAGGAAAACCUCUAACAGUAGUGAAAACUCCAGACAUCUUCAGUCUGUCUGAGGAGAAGAUGAGGAGCGAGAUGAAGAGCUGUGUGAGUCUUUGUGCUCCUGGACCAAAUGUUCUGCUCCUGUUAGUGAAGCCUUCUGGUUUCACAGAGAGGAAAAGACGAGCACUGAAGUUCUUCCUGAGUUUGUUUAGUCAAGAUGCUUUCAAACACUCAAUGGUCAUCGUGACACAUGAGGGGAAGUUAACAGCUGUUAGUCAGCUUGUUAGAGACUGUGGAGGAGGACUCUACAACAUGUCUGAAGAGAACCACACUUCGUUAAUGCAGAGGAUUGAGAACAUUGUGUCUGACAACAAAGGAACCUUCCUCACCUUCACUGAGGAGACCUUCAGACCGAAGCCUGACCCAGUCAGACCAGCUUUAAACCUGGUUCUGUGUGGGAGGAGAGGAGCAGGGAAGACUUCAGCAGCCAAAGCCAUUUUACUUCAGACAGACUCUGAUUCAGUCUCCACCUCAUCACAGUGUGUUAGACAUCAGGGAGAGGUGUGUGGACGUCAGCUUUCCCUGGUGGAGCUGCCGGCCUUGUAUGGAAAACCUCAGGAGGAAGUGAUGGAGGAAUCGUUCAGGUGCAUGUCCCUCUGUGAUCCUGAGGGCAUCCAUGCCUUCAUCCUUGUCCUACCUGUGGAUCCCCUCACUGAAGAAGACAAAGGAGAGUUCAGGACCAUCCAGAAUACGUUUGGCUCUGGAGUCGAUGACUUCACCCUGAUUCUGUUCACUGUGGACUCAGAUCCUACAGCUCAAGAGGUUAUUACAUUUAUAAAGGAAAACAAGGACAUCCAGGAGCUCCGUCAGAGCUGUGGAGGAAGACAUGUUGUUCUCAACAUCAAGGACAAGCAGCAGAUCCCAGAGCUGCUGGAUGAUGUGGGAAGGAUGAUUCUGGGGCUCUACCAAGACAAACCAGACUGCUACACAACAGAAACAUUUGCACUUGCCCAAAUAGAAAAGAUCGUACAACAACAGAAAAACAUCGCCGCACUGCAGGCUGAACUGAAAGGCCCGAAAACACAAAACAUAAUCAGUAGUGAUGAUGAGGAUCAGAGCGGAGAGAGUCUCAGGAUGGUGCUGAUUGGGAAGACGGGCAGUGGGAAGAGCUCUUCAGGAAACACCAUUCUGGGAAGAGAGGAGUUUACGGCUGAAUUAGGUCAAACAUCAGUCACCAGAUGUUGUCAGAAAGCACAUGGUGAAGUGAACGGUCGUCCAGUCACUGUGGUCGACACUCCUGGUUUAUAUGACACAACUUUGUCUUAUGAACAAGUGAAUGAUGAGAUGGUGAAGUGCGUCAGUCUUCUGGCUCCAGGACCACACGUCUUCCUGUUGGUGGUCGAUAUUAAGGCAAGAUUUACACAAGAGGAGAAGGAGACUUUAACAAAAAUCAAGAAAGGCUUUGGGAAGAAUUCUGAGAAGUUCACCAUUGUUUUGUUAACUGGAGGAGAUAUCCUGGAGCAUAAGGGGCUAUCUGCUAAAGAUUUCAUUGAAAAUAAAUGUGAUGAAUCAUUUAAGAAACUGAUUGCUGACUGUGGAGGAAGAUACCAUGUGUUUAAUAACCGUAUAAACGACGACACACAAGUCAGAGAGCUGAUAGCCAAGAUCGACUCCAUGGUGAAGGAAAAUGGAGGCAGCUGCUUCACUAAUGAGAUGCUGCAAGAGGCUGAGGCAUCAAUAAGGAAAGAAAUGGAGAAGAUCCUCAAGGAGAAGGAGGAAGAGAUGAAGAAAGAGAGGGAGGAGCUUCAAAGAAAACAUGAUGAAGAAAUGGAAGCAAUGAAAAGAACAAUAGAGGAACAGAGAGCAAAAGUUCAAACGGAGAGAGAACAGAGAGAAAAACAACUUAAAGAAAUGGAGGAGAACAUCAACAGAGAACAUGAGAUGAGAAGGAAAGAACAGGAAAUGAGAGAAGAAGAGACCAGGAAGAGAACAGAAGAAGAAGAAAGUCAGCGACAGGAGUGGAAACAAAAAGUUUCAGAUUUGGAACAAAAAAUUAGAUCAGAGUCAGAAUCAAAAGAAGUCGUUGACAGGAGGCUGAAGGAAACCAGUGAAAAGAUGAGAGAAGAACGAGAGAAGUGGGAGAGAAAACAAGAAGAAUGGUGGGAUAAACGACAUCAAGAAGAUGAACUGAGACGACAGGAGGAAGAAACAAAACUGAAAAACCUUCGGGAAGAAUAUGAAAGGGAAAGAAAAAGUGAUGAAAUGAAAAGAGAGAAAGAAGAUCGAAUCAGAAGAGAACAAGAGGAAAGACAGAAAAAAGACAUGGAGGAGAACUUUAGGAGACAAAUGGAGGACAUGAAGAAGAAAUACGAAGAGGAAGCCAGAAUGAAAGCUGAAGAGUUUAAUGAAUUUAAACAGGAAUUCAAGCAGAAACUUGCAGAUCAGAAUGAAGAGCAUAAGAAACAAAUGGGUGAAAAAGAUAAGCAAUAUGACAUAUUAAAGGCUCUUUCAGAUCACAAGGAAAAAGAAAAGAGGAAAAAGCAUCAAGCUCAAAUUUGUGACUUAGUGAAAAGUGUGAACAGAAAGAUGGGAAAUAGGAAGAAAUUCAAGGAUUUACUGGACAAACAGGAACAAGAAAUGAAGCAGAGGAAAACUAAAGAGGAAACAAAAAAUCUGCAGCAAAAACACGAAAAAGAAAUCAGUGACUUGAUACAGAAACUGUUGGCUGAAGAUGCAUUUUGUUCCAUUUUAUGAGGAGAUUUGUUUUCUAACUUCAGCACAGAGCAGUUUGAGUGUCGGCUUCCUUUGUUCUACUUUCAUUUGGUUAACUGAAAAGAAGGAAAGAUUUCACUGUAGUGUUUUGCAGUGGACUAACUUGUAAUCAAACCAAAGCCACACAAACACCUCAGACUGUCAGGUGUUCCAGUCAGCAGCCUCUUCAACAUCAAACUGUUCGUAACCAUGGCAACAGUACCAAUGCUUCAGGCUUUAGCAGUUAGCACAAACUAUAAGGCUGUUCGAUAAGUACAACAAAGACCACAUGUAGUUGUUAAGUAUGUAAUUCCUUUAUUGCUGUUUUCCUUUCUCUUAAAAAUCAAAAACGUGAUGAUGAUGAUGAUGAUCUUUGUUUUGUUCUGAAUAUGAGAAAAAAUGUGAUGUUUGUGUUGUGAGUUAAAUGUUUCAAUGUGAUUUUUUGUUUUCUCUGCAGAUCACAAAUAUCACAGCAAAUGUUAAAUAUUAAACAUAUUAAACUGCUCAUGAUGAUGGCACAGAUCGACAUUAUAGAAGGAAUAAUUCAGAUUGAUCUUCAGUCUUAUGUUCUGUAUUUGAUCUUUGGGUCCUUUAUCAUUCUAAAAGAUGAAUAAAGUGUUUUACUGCUG